AUGGAUGAUCUCUCACUUCCCACCGAUGAUGACCUCCUCCCGAUCCUGCGUCAGAUUUGCGCCAGUAAUCCUGAUCUCGGCCGUACCAAGAUCCUCAACCGUCUCCGUAACGAGCAUCAAUGGCGCAUCUCCGAAACGCGGCUGAAGAACCUCCUAGAGAAUCAUGGGUUGCAACAAAUCGAACAAGAGCCCAUAAAGCCAAAGGAAUCCGAUCUCCCACCAAUCUCCUAUCCACAAGAUGCACUGGCCGUGCAGCAGAAGUACAAGGAUGAGAGCAUCCGGUGCUUCAAGAUCUACUCCAGGGGCCCUUAUGAUUUUGGCGUGUCCCCAAACUCAGACAUGGCGAUCAGAGUCGACAUUGCACACAAUAGGGUGAAGAAUGCCGGGCGUCCGAAAACUGAGGGGGACCGUAUUACAAUGGCGACGAGCUGGCCGAUGAGGUGCUUAUUUGACUACAAUUGGGCUGCCGCAGAAAUCGCAGGGGUUAGCAAGGAGGAUAUCGGACGACAGCUGGAAGCGGAAUAUGGGGUUAAUCCGGUUCCAUUUCUACCACCUGCCCCCACGCUUGCAGAAAUUAUGGAUCGAAAGAUAAAAUUCAAGAUAGCAAGCAUGGAGAAGUUACGGCAAAUGCUUAAGCAUCCGGAAAUACGAAAGCUGAUUCCCGUUGAUGCGCGCGGGGAGCCUAUUUGGGACGAAGCGAAGCAUGGCGAGUUCUGUGUUCUGGUCGUGAAGAUUGAUAAAGGACGUGGAUUGGAGGAGUUUGGCCCAGCUUGA